GAGGGGGGGUGUCUCAGUGGCUUGGAGGGUGCAGGUGACCCCCCCAUAUCCCCAACCCCCUUAUCCCAUGACCCCAACCUCCCCUCCCGAAUCCCAUUAUUUCCCCCUCCGGCUGUUGCGUAGUUCCAACGUUUUUAAUUCCCUGGGGUGGAGGGGGGGCAGGAAACGCGCGGAGCCGCCGUUACACAAAGCAGGAAAGAGAGCUGUAAUUUUUUUUUUUAGGGGGGGGGGGGCGUCCUCUUUUUCUCUCCCUUCGCACCCCAAACACCCCACGGCAAAAAAUCCCGUUUAUUUUCCCAUCCCGGGGUUGGGAAAACUCCCCCUUCCUCCCCCAACCGCCCUUAAUUCGGGUGAUUCCUGAACCCCCUCCCCGGCUUUUUGUCCGGGGGGGUGGCGGGCGGGACUCCCUCAAUUUUUGGAAGUUCACCCCCUUUUUCUCGAGAUUUUCCCCCUUUUUCCCCCCUUUUUCCGUCGCGUAUCCGGGGAACGGGAUGACGGGACCUUCCUGUUCCCGGCCCCGCUCCCGCCUCGCUCCCGGGGGCUCCCCCCGAAACGACCCCCCCGGACCUCCCGCACCCCCCAGAGUCCCCCCAAAACCAGCCCUGGAGCCCCCCGGACCCUCCGGGACCCCCCAGGAACGAGGUCCAAAAGGGAUUUUGGGGGCUGAGUGUGGAGCAACCAUGGAACCCCCUGAGACAACCCAAGGAACAGGCCCCCCAAACCCCACCAUGGAGCAGGAGGAGCCUGAAGUGGUGGAGCUGCAGGACUCGGAUGAGGGGGAUGAGGGGGACGUGGUCAGGAGGGUCUUCAUUGCUGACGAUGGCAUCGUGAGUGAGGAUGAUGAGGAGGAAAUUCUGCCGCAGGAGAUUAUCCAGACCGUGAUCCCCCACAGCCCCCUGUGCUCCCCCGGGCCGCGGGCACCCCCGGGCCCCUCCCAGGGCGGGUCCGAGGAAGGGGGGGGCCGUCGGGGGGGGGGUCGGCAACGCCCCUUUAUCUGCAACGAGUGUGGGAAGAGCUUCAGCCACUGGUCGAAGCUGCUGCGGCACCAGCGAACCCACACCGGGGAGCGGCCGAGCACCUGUGGGGAGUGCGGGAAGAGCUUCUCCCAGAACUCCCACCUGGUGCAGCACCGCCGCACUCACACUGGGGAAAAGCCCUACAGGUGCGGCCACUGCGGGAAGAGCUUCUCCUGGAGCUCCAACCUCAUCCAGCACCAGCGGAUCCACACCGGGGAACGGCCCUAUGGCUGCUCCGACUGUGGGAAGAGCUUCACGCAGAGCAAGAACCUCAUCAAACACCAGCGAACCCACGCGGGGGGGGCGCGACCACGGAGAGCCCCCCAGUACCCUGGGAAGCCCCCCAGGGCGAGGGGGGAGUCCUCGGGGGUGGAAGGGGGAGAGGAAGGGGCUGGGGAACCCUUGAUCUGUGUGGAGUGCGGGGAGAGCUUCGCUCGGAGCGCAGCACUGAGGAAGCACCGGAGGGGGCACCUUCCACUCUUCGGGCCCUGAGGGGAUUUGGGGACACCAUGGAGGUGACACCACGGACAGUGUGACAUGGCCCUGGCACGGGGACUGGCUGCUGUUUUUGCCACAGAGGACAUGGGGACACUGCCAUGGACAAGGGCACACAGGGCCCGUGGGGCACUGGAGGGGGCAUCACCCACUUUGAGGGGACACAGGGACAUCGUGGAGAGGACACAUGGACAGUGGGACAUGGCCUUGCUACUGCAGAGGGCACUGGCUGCUGUUUGGGACAUGGGGAUACACGGACAGGGGACAGAUGGACAGUGGGACACUGCCCUGGCACUGGAGGGGGCACUGACAGCUCUUUGUGCCCUGAGGGGACACAGGAACCAUGUGACACCACACCAGGGGACACACGGACUGUGCCACAGGCAGCUCACACUCACAGAGCUGGGGGCACAAUGCCACACACAAAGGGACACGGUGUCCCCAAAUCCCCCCGUGUCACCCCAUGUUCCCGUGUCACUGCAGUGCCCCCCAGGACCCCUGUGUUACCCUCAGGACCCCCCAAGUGCUUUCCAGUGCCCCCGUGUCACCCCCAAUGUCCAUGUCGGUGCCAGAACCCAAAGCUGUAAAUAUUGCGGGGAGGGGGGACACACACACAGGAAGGUGGGAUCCCUGGGGGGAGUGGUGACAUCGGGACCCCCCUGUAGGCAAGGGGAGGAGGGGCCAGGACUAUGAAUAAAGUUGUGUUUGGGGGA